UAUCUUCUCGGGCUUCUUUCUUUCACAGCUAUGGUUGGGUUGAAUCAAAUGGUUUUUGGUUUCAUAUUUUUGUCUCCGUGAGGUUUUGGAGAUGGUUGAAGUGAAAGUUUUAUACGGACUAGUAGCUCGGAUAGCGUUUUCUUCCUAUUUUUUUGGGGGCCCUUUUUGUGUCUCAAGAUUUUUUUGCCUGGAGUUAGAUUUUGAUCUAAUUGAUUCUCUGGUGUUUUUCGUUUUUUGGGUGAUCUAAUCGAUGUGGGUUUUGGAUAUUGAAUUUGUUGUUUUGAUCUUCGAAGGAUGUUGGUACUUUGCUUCGAAUUCAAUGGGAAAUUGAUUAAUGCAGUGUGGUUAGAGUUCAACUGACGAGAUCCUUGUCUUCCUCGCGUAUGGUCGGGACCAGCUCCAGGCAUGUAUAAGAACCAGCUGCAGGAAUUAGCUCAAAGAAGUUGUUUUAAUUUGCCAUCUUAUGCAUGUAUAAGGGAGGGGCCUGAUCAUGCACCUCGAUUCAAAGCCACAGUUAACUUCAAUGGGGAGAUCUUUGAAAGCCCAACCUUUUGCACCACCCUGAGACAAGCUGAACAUGCUGCAGCUGAAGUAGCUCUUAAUACGCUUUCAAAGAGAGGCCCUUCUAGAUCACUGGCUGCAAAAGUUUUGGAUGAAACGGGAGUUUACAAAAAUUUGCUACAAGAGACAGCCCACAGAGCAGGGUUAAACCUUCCUGUUUAUACUACUGUUCGAUCUGGACCAGGUCAUGUUCCUGUCUUCUCAUGCACGGUUGAGCUUGCAGGAAUGAGCUUUACAGGAGAACCAGCUAAGACCAAGAAGCAAGCUCAGAAGAAUGCUGCAAUGGCAGCUUGGUCUGCCCUGAAACAAUUGUCACAUGUUGGUUCUUCUUCCUCGGCUUCCUCUCCUUCAUUGGAGUCUGAAGGCAACGAGGAACAGGAACAGGUUAUUGUUGCUCGUGCUCUUGCUAGUUUGCUUCCUGCAGAUGCAAGCAAGUCAACACAAAAUGAUCGUCAACGUCGACGCAGGAAAUCAGCUCCACCUGUCCGCAGGAACAUGCACCCUCCCAGUGGUGGUGUAUCAUUGUUUCCUGUGCAUUAUCAGAAUUGGGCCUAUUCCAACUUCGCCCCUGAAGUAUACCGAAUUUGGCAGCAAGAGCAGGCAUCCCAGCAGCAAAGUCGACUAUUGACACUUCCGGUGGCACUAACUCCUCCACCUGGCCCUCAGAUUCUUCCAUUUAUUCAAUCCAUGUUCGGGCCAGACCAUCGGCAGUAUUUUCCAGCAAGGGAGCAAGAGGCCACACAAUCAUUUCCAGCACUUGCAAUGUCUUCCUCAGGCCCAUCUCUGCAUUUCUCAAAUCCUUUGAGCCCAGUACCAAUCAGGAGGUCACAGGUAACUGUACAAGAGAUAAAGGAGGAAAAAACCCAGAAAGAUGAGGAGAGGCUUCAUGGUGACAUGGACACUGAUGGCCAUAAAAUCAAUAUAGGGUCAAAUUCUCCAGGGUUUUCUUCGUUUGACGCUCCAAAACCGCCUGCUUCUGGUGACAGCCGAACUGAUCAAGCUACACCAGAGAAGCCGGAGGAGGAUGACAAACAGAACAAUCUUGGGUCAGAAUCUGGUCUUGGGCACUCUGUCAAGGCAGAAGGAAGCAAUAGUGAACCGUUUGGAUGGGGCUCUCGGGAAUCUGCAAUGGAUAUUAGAUUUAGACACAGAGCUGCAAAUCCAGGCAGUGUUGAGUUUGGGUUGCGUCAUCCACAUGGUUUUGAUUCAGCUAAGUCUAAUCCUAGACCACAUCAUUCCCCUAGAGCAGGUUCUCCAGUAAUGACCAGAUCUUAUAUAUCACCUUCAUCUGCAGCCCCCAUAAUGAUUAGAACUGGUGGGCAUGUAUCUUCAGUGAGCCCCCAACCUGAGAGUCUGAACGUCAGGAUGCCUGCUCCAGUAAAAAUUAGGACAUCAAUUCCUGCAUGUUCAGCUAGAUCAAGGCCUGAAGGAAUGAUGUAUGGAGGACCUUCUGUUAACUUCAUGGCACCAGCAGUUCAGAUCAGAUCAGUCAUACCUGUUUGUUCGGCACCCCCAGCCAGGAAGAUGCCGGAGCCGUCUGGCCAAGAGGGGCUUCCACAAGGUGGUGAGAAGAUAGCAAAAGAGUCAGAAGACGUGGCUGCAGCAAGUUCUGAGCUGGGAAAGCUUCGAAUAUGAGCGCAAUAUGUUUUUGUUUUCCAAAUCAGUUAGAUAUUUUGCUGUUUAUCCCUUAUAAAUAUAUAUUUAUAGAAUGCAUCCUUUUUUCCCCCUUAGCUUAUCUAGCCAUGUUAUAAAACGAUUGAGGGCAAUCAGAGUUCCAUAAUAUGUCGAGCUUAUACAAAACAAAAUAAUUAGGGGAGUAAAUGAUCCAGUUGUGGUAUCUACCUUAUCAUCAUCAUCAUCAUCUAAUCGUUGGCUACAUGAAUUAUGGUAAAUAAUGAGCAUUUAAGUCAUUUCUUGCUUCUUUAAUGUCUUA